AUGAAAUAGUUUGUCAGCCCAUAGGAUAUGCUUAAUAAAUUUAGAAACCCUCAUGAAAUUUAUACACAACAAACAGAUUUUUAUUAUGACCCAUAAAGCGAUGCAAACAUACCAAAAAUUUUAUAAGUAUUACUAAAUUUAAGCAAAAGCAAUCAAUUAAUUUUUUUGAUGAUGAAAUAAGUAAAAAAACAAAAGAUAAAUUAAUAGAAGAGUUAAGAUAAAAUAUUAUUCGUUGGUUAAAACUAUAUUAAUCAGUUGAAUAAGAAUUUGCUGGAGAAUUGGCAGUUUUUGGUUCCUAUAGAUUUGGAGCAAAUGGAAAAGAUAGUGAUAUUGAUUUAAUUAUAUUGGCACCUCCUUAAAUAGAUAGAGAACUUCAUUUUUUCUAAUAAUUACCUUCAAUUUUAAGUUCUAAUUCAAAAGUGACAAAUUUAUAUUGUAUUUAAGAAGCUAUGGUUCCUUUGAUUAGAUUUAAAUUUGCAGGUUUUUAAAUAUUCAUACUAUAAUAUAGGUAUACAAUUCGAUUUAGUAUUUGCAUGUGUUAAGAAAAUAAUGAAACCUUUAAGUUAGAGUGAUCCAGUUGAUGAGAAAUCUAGUAGGUCAUUAAAUGGAUUAAAAGUUAGUGAUUACUUUUCCAAAUACUGUCAUCAAAAAUCAUAUUUGUCAUUUUUAAAGUUUAUAAAAGCUUGGGCAAUCAAUAGAGGUAUCUAUGGGAAUGUGAUGGGUUAUUUGGGAGGAAUUUCAUGGUAAAUAUUGACUCAUAAGAUAUUUUAACUUUAUCCUAAUUAUAGUGUUUAAGGAUUAAUUGAAAGAUUCUUCUUUAUUUUCUCUUAAUGGAAAUGGAAUGAAUUACCUGUUGUUAUUCAAAAAUGUGAUGAAAUCUGGAGAAAUUCUCUUUUUGAAUAAUAAUAAAAGUAACAUAAUGUAAUGACAAUUCUAACACCUGUUUAUCCAUAUAUUAAUUCUGCAUAUAAUGUAUCAAAUUGUACUUUUACUAUUAUUGAAGAGCAAUUAAAAUUAGCAAAUAUAAUCAUGUAAAAGAUUUGUUUAUCAGAAUUACAAUGGGUAUAAUUGAAUUUCUUAUAAUAGUCUGACUUACUAAAGAAAAUCUAAUUUUUUGAUAUCUAUUACACAUAUCUGUAAAUAAGAGCAUUAUCUAAGAAUAAGGAUGAUCUAAUUUAAUGGAAAAGUCAUAUUGAAUCUAAAUUAAGAAAGCUAAAUAAAAUGUUAGAUGAAGGUGAUGUUAAUAAAGCAAUAGAAUUUCAUCUCUAUCCUAAAAGUUUCUAAACAGAUUAUGUUUAAGGAGAUGAAAAUGAUAUUCCUGGAUCUCUCUUUAAUUUUAGUGAAAGCUUUUAUUAUGGAAUUAGAAUAAAGGAUGAAGAACUAGUUAAAGAAAAACUUGAUAUUGAAAAUAUUAUUAGAUAAUUUUGUGAUUGCCUUGAAGGAUAGAAACCUUAUUUCAGAGUUCCAGAGAAUCUUAAUUUAGAAAUCAAAGUAAUUUAAUACUUAAUAAUAAUUAGUCAUUACAUAAGGAUUAGAUUCCAAAAAAAAUAAAAUCUGAAUUGUGA